AUGCUUGAAAAUUGCUUUUCCGGAAGACAAGACAAGAACUCAUCAAAAAAUUUCGCACAACGAAAUAACAACGCGAAGUUGAAGGACAUUCCUAAACUGUCAACAUCACUGCUAUCAAAGGUAGCCUCUCUAGCCACCUACUCGUUUUUUGUGUUCUGCCUCUUUGGACGGCAACAUCUCGAUCCUGAGAACAGCUUUGAUACGGUGUUCCCAUUCUUCACGGUCGUCCAAUUCCUCUUCUAUGUUGGGUGGUACAAGGUCGGACAGGAUCUGAUGCGGCCGUUUGGUUUAGAUGAUGACGAUAUCGAACUGAGUUACAUUCUCGAUCGCAAUCUUGUAAUUUCGUUCGCGAUCGUGGACUUGGUACAAACGGAAUCCGCUCCAGAAUUUGAGGAAGACGUGUACUGGCGGCAUUUACAACACUCUGCUCAAUUUCCUAGCGACUCUGAUUUGAAAUUUGGCCGGAUUGAUCUCUCUCGAGCAGCUCAUAAGCAUCCCCCGAAACUCCAUACAUUCGUUCAAGUACGUCAAGAAGAAAAGGCUCUAAUGGCACACAAAUUUAUAGAAAGUCAACGAGAAAGGUUGGUGGACCUGCGUUUUUUGCCUUCCUUCCGGGAUAGCCGAAUUACAAUGUUAUUUGCUCACCAUACGGCCUAA